AAACACUCAUAUUGAUAGGAGAACUCAGAGAGAAACAGAUUCAGAGUCUUUUCAUCAUGGAGUUCAUCAGGUCUGCGCUGAUCUUCUCGAGCCUCCUUCUAACUGCUUUGGCGCAGAAGCCGGUGUUGUCGCUGGAGCCUCGCAGCGCGGUGGUCAAACAGGAUGAGACGGUGAGUUUCCGGUGCCGGGUGGUCAGCGGCUCGCAGCCUGUGCAGCUGGAGUGGAAACGAGCCAACAACCAGCCGCUUGGAGAUAACAUCAAGGUCGGUCCUGAUGGGUCAGUAAUGACAAUUGCUUCAGCUCAACCCGGAAACCAGGGGCCGUACCGCUGCACAGCCACCAACGCUCAGGGCAAGACCAUCGUUACCGCAACCCUGUCUGUCAAACAACCUCCGAAGGUGCGCGUCACCCCCUCCGGCCCAGUGAGGGUAGGAAUGGGCGAAACGGCCUCUCUGGAGUGCCACGCUUCCGGACGGCCCCGUCCAUCCAUCACCUGGGUGAAACGGGAAGCGGGAGGAGAGACUGUGCUGGUUUCUACGACGACGGACACCAAGGCUAUGCUGAAGGUGACCGUGUCGGACCCGCAGGACUCUGGGACGUUCGUAUGCCGGGCUCAUAACAAGGACGGCACGACGGAAGAGAAGGUGGAGCUUAGGCUGGAGGGCGGAGUCUCGGGCGGCGGUCCGCCCAAAGCUUCGGUCAGCCAGACGGACAUCGCGGCUGUAGAGGGAAAAACGGUCACCAUGCACUGCCGGGCCACCGGUUCCCCCACUCCCGCCAUCUCCUGGUCCAAGCUACGUGCUCCCUUGCCAUGGCAGCACAAAGUAGAAGGAGGAACCCUGACCCUGAUCAACCUGGGACGCCAAGACUCGGGUCAGUAUAUCUGUAAUGCUACAAACUCCGCCGGUUUCGAGGAAGCCUACGUACAGCUGGAGGUCGACACUCCGCCGUACGCCACCUCGGUUCCGGACCACCUGAGCGCUCGCCGCGGAGACACCAUGCGCCUGCAGUGCAUCGCCCACGGGUCCCACCCCAUCAGCUUCCAGUGGUCGCGCGUGGGCAGGGCCGGCUUGCCCUCCGGGGCCAAGGUGACCAAGGACGGGGUUCUGACCGUCGCCCAGCUGAAAGUGGGCGACAGCGGGACGUACAAGUGCGUGGCCAGCAAUCACGUCGGGACCAGCGAGACCACCGCCGCCGUCUCGGUCAGAGCGUAACUCUUCCCCCCCGAGCCCGAUGACGCCAGGACCCACGCCGUCUCAGCGGCGAACCAUCGUAGCGGCCUUUAUAUCUGACAGUAUUAAAUAUGGUUGAUUAUUAUAAGUGUGUGUACGCAGCGAAUGAAAAACGUCGCGCCGUGUUUAUAAUCCCUGUAGAACGUUCCAGCACUUACGCUCAAUAAAUACCCAAUAAAUAUUCCCUACACCCACA